AUGGCGCCGAAAGUCUUGUGGAUUGGCCUGGGGAACAUGGGCCGGAAGGGAGAUGUCGAACACCCCGUUCUUAUUUACAACCGCACCAAGCAGAAGUCCGUCGAGUUCAGCGAGAAGUUUACGACUGGCCAGGUCGAAAUUAUCGACUCGGUCACUGCGGGCGUUGCCAAGGCAGAUAUCAUCUUCACGAUCCUCGCCAAGGACGAUGUGGUGGAAAGCGUGGCAGCCGAGAUCCUCGAAGCUGUCGACGUCAAGGGCAAGCUCUUCGUAGAGUGCUCCACCAUCCACCCGGACACCACAGUACGCGUCGCCAAGCUCUUCCAUGACCGCGGUGCUGAGUUCGUCGCCGCCCCGGUGUUUGGAGCGCCUGCCAAGGGCGAGAUCGGGCAGCUCAUCGGUGUCCUUGCAGGCCCCAAGGCCUCGGUCCAAAAGGCUCGACAGUACUUCAAAGGUGUCAUGGCCAAAAGCGAGAUCGACAUGAGCGACCAGCCCUAUGAGAAAGCGCUCCAGCUGAAGCUGAUCGGCAACACCUUCAUCGCAAACAUGGUCGAGCAGAUUUCUGAGACCCUGGUCCUGUCGGAGAAGUCUGGGCUCGGAACACAAUACAUGCAUGACUUAAUCGAGAGUCUCUUCCCCGGUCCGUUUGCGGAUUAUUCGACUCGCAUCCUGUCGGGGGCGUACCACCAGAUGGACUACCCACUCUUUCCCGUUGACCUUGCAAGGAAGGACGCGAGGCAUGCCCUUAGUCUGGCCAAGGCCUGUGGCGUGCGGAUGAGGAACCUCGAAGUGGCGGAUGCGCAUCUGGCCGAGGUGAAGGAACACGACGGGGCGAAGGGGGACAUCGCCGGAAUUUACGGCGCCAUCCGGCAGGAGUCGGGGUUGAAGUAUGAGAAUAACUGA